AGUUACUAACCACUCCCUCUGUUUCUUUUCUCUGCUUCUGUUUCUGCUUUGUUGUCGUUUUGUUGAGUGUAGGACGCUAAGAUUGUGGUUUUGUUGGAGACAUCGAAAGCAGUUUUUCUUUUCUUCUUUUUGUUGUAGAGCAAAAUGGGGUUCGUGAUUUCGACCUCUAAGAUUGUUUUUGCUCUUGCGUUGGGGUUUCUGGCGUUGAAUUGCUUCACUGGGUUUGAAUCGAAUGCUCAACUUCUGCCUUUGGAAGAAGGUCUCUUUUGGGAAAUCGACUCAGUGGUUCAAUUCCUACGGCAAUUGGUGACUUUACUAUGCUCAGAGAGCUGGUGUUGGAAGAUAAUCAGUUUGACGGGCCUCUUCCUCAAAGUCUCGGGAAGUUGACUGACUUGGAAAGACUCCUUCUUUCUGCGAACAACUUUACAGGGACAAUACCAGAAUCAUUGGGAAAUCUAAAGAAAUUAGUUGAUUUUAGGAUAGAUGGGAGCCGAAUAUCAGGGAAGAUACCUAGUUUUAUUGGCAACUGGACGAAUCUUGAUAGACUUGAUAUGCAAGGCACAUCCAUGGAAGGCCCCAUUCCUUCCACCCUCUCUUUGUUGAAAAACUUAACUGAAUUGAGGAUUUCUGAUUUGAAUGGAUCAAGUAUGCCUUUUCCUAAUUUGACAGAUACGAAAAAUUUGGAAGUAGUGACUCUGAGAAAUUGCUCAAUUAGUGGUCUAAUCCCAGAUUACAUUGGCGAUCUGACAAAAUUGACAACAUUAGACCUGAGCUUUAACAAGUUGACUGGCGAAAUUCCAGAGAACAUUCAGGGUGUUGAUAGUCUAGAUUACAUGUUUUUGACCAACAACUUACUGACCGGACAAGUGCCAAAUUGGAUAAUUAACAACAAAAAUAACCUGGAUUUGUCUUACAACAAUUUUACUGGAUCACCUUCUGUUAGUUGCCCACAGUUAAAUGUGAAUUUAGUUUCUAGUUAUUCGUCUCCACAACAAUCAUGGUGCUUGGAGAAGGACCUCCCUUGCCCCUCAAAACCCCGACACCAUUCUUUGUUUAUCAAUUGUGGAGGGGGAAGGAUGGAGUUUGAGGGCAAUGAAUAUGAAGAGGACUUAACCACUGUGGGGACAUCACACUUCGUUUCAUCAUCUGAUAAGUGGGGUUAUAGCAGUACGGGGGUUUACAUGGGCAAGUCUAAGGCAGAUUACAUAGCAAGAAACACAUCGUCUCUGAAUAUGAAUGGUCCAGAGUUUUAUCAAACAGCCCGCCUUGCCCCUCUCUCACUCAAAUACUAUGGCCUUUGCAUGAUAAAGGGCAGUUACAAAGUAAAGCUCCACUUUUCUGAAAUAAUGUAUUCUGAUAGCGAGACAUUCAGCAGCCUUGGGAAGCGCAUAUUUGAUGUCUCAAUUCAAGGGAAUUUGGUUUUGAAGGAUUUCAAUAUUAUGGAGGAAGCAGGAGGCGUUGGUAAAGGCAUCGUCAGAGAAUAUGAUGUUCUUGUUAACGGUAGCACUCUAGAGAUCCACUUAUACUGGGCAGGAAAAGGAACUACUGCCAUUCCUGACAGAGGUGUCUAUGGACCUCUUAUAUCUGCAAUUACUGUGACACCAAAUUUUAAGGUUGAUACUGGGGGGCUAUCUGCUGGUGCUAUUGCUGGCAUUGUAGUAGCGUCAUGUGUGUCCCUUGUAUUGGUUUUGGUAGUCCUCCGACUGAGUGGUUUUUUAGGGGGAAAAGAUGAGGAUAAAGAACUGCGUCGUGGGCUAGAACUACAAACAGGUUAUUUCACUUUACGACAAAUUAAAGCUGCCACUGGUAACUUUGAUCCUUCAAAUAAGAUAGGUGAAGGAGGUUUUGGGCCUGUUUACAAGGGUGUUCUGGCAGAUGGUGCUGUCAUUGCUGUUAAGCAGCUCUCCUCCAAAUCAAAGCAAGGGAACCGUGAGUUUGUUAAUGAGAUAGGCAUGAUAUCUGCUUUGCAGCACCCAAAUCUCGUGAAGCUUUUUGGUUGCUGUAUUGAAGGAAACCAGUUGUUGCUUAUAUAUGAAUACAUGGAAAACAAUAGUCUUGCCCGUGCCCUUUUUGGUCGUGACGAACAACGGCUAAAUUUGGACUGGAAAACUAGAAAGAAGAUAUGCUUGGGGAUAGCAAGGGGAUUAGCUUAUCUUCAUGAAGAAUCAAGGUUGAAAAUUGUUCAUAGGGAUAUAAAGGCAACCAAUGUGCUGCUUGAUAAGGAUCUAAAUGCAAAGAUAUCUGACUUCGGUUUAGCUAAGCUAGAUGAAGAAGAGAACACGCAUAUCAGCACACGAAUAGCUGGAACAAUAGGCUAUAUGGCUCCUGAAUACGCAAUGAGAGGUUACUUGACAGACAAAGCAGAUGUUUACAGCUUUGGUAUUGUUGCCUUAGAAAUUGUCAGCGGAAAGAGCAACACAAAUUACAGGCCAAAGGAGGAGUUCGUGUAUCUUCUUGAUGGGGCCUAUGUCCUACAAGAGCAAGGAAACAUGCUAGAACUCGUGGAUCCAAGUCUUGGUUCAAACUACUCUAAAGAGGAGGCCAUGACAAUGCUUAACUUGGCGCUCUUAUGCUGCAACCCAUCUCCAACUCUCAGACCACCCAUGUCUUCUGUAGUAAGUAUGCUCGAAGGCAAAAGUCCAGUUCAAGCACCAACAAUCAAGCGCGGUUCAGCCGAACAGGAUGCAAAGUUCAAAGCCUUUGAGAGGCUAUCACAAGACAGCCAAACACACGUUUCCACAUUCUCUCAAGAUAGUCAUGUACGAGGCGCAUCAAUGGAGGGUCCAUGGGUUGAUUCCUCGGUUUCUCUUGCGAGUAAGGAAGAGACCAUGGAACAUUCUUCGUCAACCAAGCUACUUCAGGAUAUGUAUGAUGUCAAUUUACAGUGAUGAAAAGCUGAUGAAAUAAAGGUUUUCAAAUUCUUUUGCUCAAUUGAAUUUAGUCCAGAGAUUUUUUUAAAAAGGGGUUAGUGGAAAAUUUGUACUAGGAGAGUAGGAGACAUGUUUCUAAAAAUAUUGAACAAGAGUUAAUGUGUAAAUUAUGUUCCUCCAACUGUACCCACAUUUAUAGUCUUUUUGUUUCUGCAAGUCUUUAAGACUUUGCCUCAUAUGAUCAAAGUUCAUAUA